UGCUCGGCGGGUGGCGCGCGAGGGCGUCUUUUCUUCAUCUGCAGGCAAAGAUGGCGGUGCGGAAGAAAGACGGCGGCCCGAAUGUAAAAUAUUUCGAAGCAUCCGACACGGUUUCGCAGUUCGACAAUGUCCGCGUCUGGUUGGGCAAGAAUUACAAAAAGUACAUCCAGGCCGAGCCGCCCACCAACAAGUCCCUUUCCAGCCUGGUGGUCCAGCUCCUGCAGUUCCAGGAGGAAGUGUUUGGGCGACAUGUCAGCAAUCCCCCUCUCACUAAACUCCCGAUGAAGUGUUUCCUGGAUUUUAAGUCAGGAGGAGCACUCUGCCAUAUCUUGGCUGCUGCCUACAAGUUCAAGAGCGACCAGGGGUGGAGGAGGUUUGACUUCCAAAACCCAUCUCGAAUGGACCGUAAUGUUGAGAUGUUUAUGACCAUUGAGAAAUCUCUGGUUCAGAAUAACUGUCUCAGUCGGCCAGUCAUUUUUCUCAGUUCAGACAUUGAACCCAAACUGCUGGGGAAACUGAAGGACAUCAUAAAACGGCAUCAGGGCUCAGUCACAGAAGACAAAACCGCAAGUUCCCACGUUGUGGUUCCUAUACCAGCCAGCUUGGAAGAAGAAGAAUGGGUCCGCCCGGUGAUGAAAAGGGACAAGCAGGUACUUCUUCACUGGGGAUACUCUCCUGACAGCUACGACACCUGGAUUCCUGCCAGUGAGGUGGAGGCAGCAGUAGAGGAUCCUCCCACCCCAGAGAAGCCCAGGAAGGUCCAUGCCAAGUGGAUUCUUGACCUGGACCAGUUCAAUGAAUGGAUGAAUGAAGAAGAUUACGAAGUUGGAGAGGGGCUCCCCAGGAGGAAGAGGAUUUCAGCCAAAACCUUAACUGACGAAGUGUCCCCACCGGAUGAGCGCCGGGACAGGAAGCCAGGAAGUACGAAGAAGAGGAAGCGCUCACCCUCCCCAUCCCCACCCCCAGCCCCCCAGGAGAGCAAGAAGAAGAACACCAAGAAGGGGCCCACAACCCCUUACACAAAAUCGAAGCGCGGCCACCGCGAGGAGGAGCAAGAGGACCUAACAAAGGAACUGGAUGAACCCUCACCUGUGCCAGCUGUGGAGGAAGUCACUCUUCCAAAGAAUGUGAACACUAAAAAAGACUCAGAAUCAACACCAGUGAAGGGUGGAACUAUGACAGACCUUGAUGAGCAAGAGGAUGAAUCCAUGGAAACAGUUGGAAAGGAGGAGGAAGAAGGUUCUCCUAGUGUGAAAGGCGAGCCAGUGAAAAGCUCUGACCUCCAUGAAGACAAUGUGACUGAACAGACCCACCACAUCAUCAUCCCCAGCUAUGCAGCCUGGUUUGACUACAAUAGUGUUCAUGCUAUAGAGCGGCGAGCCCUUCCAGAAUUCUUCAAUGGCAAGAAUAAGUCAAAGACUCCUGAAAUAUACCUGGCCUACAGGAAUUUUAUGAUCGACACAUACCGUCUCAACCCCCAAGAGUACUUGACUUCCACUGCCUGUCGUCGUAAUCUGGCAGGAGAUGUGUGUGCCAUCAUGAGAGUCCAUGCCUUCCUAGAGCAGUGGGGUCUCAUCAACUACCAGGUUGACGCUGAAAGCCGACCAACUCCCAUGGGGCCCCCACCUACCUCCCACUUCCAUGUCCUUGCUGACACUCCCUCCAGUCUAGUGCCCCUGCAACCCAAGGCUUCACAGACCCCAGCUUCCCAGCAGCUGCUGUCCUUUCCAGAGAAGGUGAAGGAAAAGCCAGCUGAUCUGCAGAACUUUGGACUGAGGACUGACAUGUAUAGCAAGAAGAGUGGGCCUGCCAAGAGUAAAAGCGCUGCCAGCGCCACUCGAGAAUGGACAGAACAAGAAACACUACUACUGCUGGAGGCACUGGAGAUGUACAAGGAUGACUGGAACAAGGUAUCAGAGCACGUAGGUAGCCGUACGCAAGACGAGUGUAUCCUGCACUUCCUGCGGCUUCCUAUUGAGGACCCCUACUUGGAAGACAGCUCCUGCUCUUUGGGGCCCCUGGCCUUCCAGCCUGUGCCCUUUAGCCAGGCUGGCAACCCUGUCAUGAGCACCGUGGCCUUCCUUGCCUCUGUGGUGGACCCCCGAGUGGCCUCUGCUGCAGCGAAGUCUGCUCUGGAGGAGUUCUCACGAAUGAAGGAGGAGGUGCCGGCAGCCCUGGUGGAGGCCCACAUCAGGAGAGUGGAAGAGGCGGCUCGAACCAGCGGGAGGCAAGACCCAUUGUUUGGCCUGGAGGGGAGUGGGAUUGCUGGCACUGACCUGGAGGAGGGAGAGAGGCCUGGUGAGAUAGAGGGAGAGGGAGGUACAGCCAGACUGCUGAACCUGGAGCAAGGUGUUCUACCGAUGUGGUGUUGUGUCAUGCUUUUGUGUUUGUUUUUUCCAGAAGAAAGAAGUGAGGAGAACAAGAGUGACAGUCAGCCCAGUGAAGAGAAGAGGGAGAGCAAAGAGAGUAAAGAGCCUGCCAUUGAUGAGGAAGACAGGCAGGGUGAAAAUGGGAAGAAAGAAGAAGACAGGGAAAGAGAUGAAGAGGGGGAGAGAGAAGGAGAGAAGGCAGACUCAGAAAUGGGUGAUGUAGAGAAGGAGAAAGAAGGGAAGGAGGGGUCAGAGGAAGGAAGAAGAGAUGGCGAGAGCGAGGGAGAGAGGAAGGCCAAAGUAGAGCGAGACAUUGGAGAGGGCAACCUGGCCACCGCUGCUGCCUCUGCUCUGGCUGCUGCUGCUGUUAAAGCUAAGCAUCUGGCUGCAGUGGAAGAGAGGAAGAUCAAGUCUCUAGUGGCUCUACUGGUGGAGACCCAAAUGAAGAAGUUGGAAAUCAAGCUGAGACAUUUUGAGGAGUUGGAGACCAUCAUGGACAGAGAAAGGGAAGCGCUGGAGUACCAGCGUCAGCAGCUGCUGGCUGACCGGCAGUCCUUCCACAUGGAGCAGCUCAAGUACGCUGAGAUGCGGGCCAGGCAGCAGCACUUCCAGCAAAUCCAGCACCAGCAACACAGCCAGACGCCAGUGCAGCAUCCUGCAUCUGUUCCACCUGCACCCCCGCAGGGGAUACCUGGCUCCCAGCCGGGCCCCGGCACCCCUGGGCCUCAACCAGCUCCCAGUCCAGCGCCACCCUCGUCUGUUGGUAAUCCUAUGGCUGGACCCCAUGCUGCCCAGUCACAGGAGCCCCAGCAAACCACAGCUCAGCACAUUUCACCCCCAGCCCCACCCAGUCAGCCCCCGGGGCCUCAGGCCACUUCCACGCCUACAUCAGCACUCCAUGAGUCAGGUGCUGCUUUGCCCCAUGAUGCCCUUCACUCUGCUCCCCCAGCUCUCCCCCCACAGUGAAGACAUAUUACGCAACAAAGGGAGAGAGAGAUGGAGAGAAAAACACCCUCAACAAACUGAAUGGUUUGCAGAGCACAUGGAUUUUCAUCCAUUUUCUCUGCAGAACUUGCUUGCAUCAGAAUUAUAAAAGAAACCUAACAACAACUGCAAACAUACAUCUCCAAGACAAAAAGACCCAAGGAUUUACCGAGAAGUAAUUUUUCAACUGCCGCUCCUCUUUUUAAUCUGGAAGAAUGUUCGUAUGAGUCAAGUUCCCAGACAGUUGUUUUCCUGCACUAAAUGAGCAUUUGUGAAAUUUCUUGCUCUAAAACCACUCUUUUAAUUGACCGUGCUAUUUGUGUUUUCCUUUUUGGAAAUGGGAGGCUAAGAAAAAAAACACAGAUUAAAUCAGAAUACAGUUUAAACUCCAAGUGGUCAUCAUAAGAGUUAUAUAUACAAAUUUACAGUAUAAGCUUUGAUGCUGUAUAGUAGAUUGUGGGUUCCAUUCAGUUCCUUAGGGAUUGGAUUGAGGGGGUGGAGGAUUGUCCAGCUGUCCUAAAAUUGUUUAGAGUAGAAGUAAAAGUAAAUAGCACUUUGAUAAUAUUAACAUGUUUGAAUAAUCUUACAUUAUCUCUGCCCGUUUUUAGAGGCUUGAAAAAUCUGUUUUGUUAUUUUGGUUCUUUUGAAGAAUAAUUUCUUCAUCUGAAUUUACCUGAAAACGCACUUAAC